AUGUCUCAACUAAUGCACGUAAUUCCUUCUGUAACACUUCAUAGAAAGAUGGUAGACCACAAAGGUUACAUAUUAUUGUUGUUGAUGUUGAUGUUUAUCUUAUCAACGUCGAACACAGCUUAUGCAAAAAUAUCGUUAUACGAUUCAUCAAGUAACGAGUUGAUAUCCUUGCCAAAUGUCGAUUUCUCAUUUUCUUACUACCAAGGUCCGAGCCCCGAUUAUUAUAAGAGGGACAUGAUAAUCCAAGGGAAGAUGGAAAUCGCAAAGUUUAAACAACAGAUGAACGCCUCGAGUGUUUCCGGAAACGAGAUCAAUGACACCAUUUCAUCACCGUGUACGCUUGAACCUAUCUCUGUUGGGAUUGCUUUGUUAGUCAUUCCAUUCGACAAAGCAAUGGAGCUUGGUUGCAGUUCAAUAGACGAUUUGAUUUUGAGUAACAGUUGGAUAACGCAAGACGUAACAUCGCCGUCCAACAAUCAAACCAGUUCGUCAAAUGAUGUUAAAAAACGAGCAUUGCCCUGCGAAAGAAUGCAACCGCGAGGUUGUAAGGAUCGGUGUAACAAAUUUGUGAGGAUAGAUAAAAAAACAAACCAGUUGAUGAAACGAGAUGAUUCUGAUUCAUCUUCAGAUAUUCCUCGAGUGAUCGUUCUUACUUCAACGAACGGCGGAGAUCCUGGAGUAAAAGAGCCGAUUAGUGAUCAAGGCGAGAUACUGAAAGCCAAGACGGGGUUGACGUUGCUCCGAAAAAGUGAUAUGGAUCAACUGAUGAAUCUCGCAAACAUGACCAGUAAAGUAACUGUCACGUCCGAUAAUGGUCCAUGGGUUCGCUUACUAAAAAGUCGAACUUGGAUUGCGUGGUCCACCAUAUUGGGCGUUGUUUACGGCUUAAUAUUUAUAUUUUCGUGUGGCAUCAUGUGUUAUUCCCUUCGGUUUUGGACGCUCCCCGAAAAUCCGACAAAGUUUAUUUUAAAUCCAAACUUGUUUGUGUUACCUGGCAUCGCCUUUUGCUCAAUGGCUUCGUUGAUUAUUCUUCAUAUCGAUCCGGGAAAUGUAAAAGAAUUGAUCUCUGCAGCUAGCUAUUCAAUAAUCGAUGGUGUCGUUUUCCUUUUGCUUUGCAUAUUUUACGUUGCCCUACAAUAUUCAUGGAUAAAAGCAUCAGUAGAAACAACAAAGUGUGACAUAAAGCUUUCCCCUAUAGUUAAACUGGCUGCCGAAUUUCAAAGACUUCUUUUGUUAUUCGGUAUUUGCAUGGCAGUGGGAUUAUUAUUUUUCGAAUUUGUGACUGAAACGUCAAAAAAUGUGCACUUCUCGACGGUCUUUUUGAUCGUUAACAAAUUGUUAUUUGUUGUUCUGAUGAAUCUGGGCUACUUGACAUUUGGAGUGUUUAUGAUUUAUGACUUUGCAACCGAUCGCGAAAUUAAUCAAAAAAUUGGCGACUCGCUGACGUUCAAGUUUUCCAGCAAGGCUGACAAAGGAAAAGCGCUGCAGGUCUUAAUCGCCAUGAUUAUCCUUAUGGUUUCCUUCUCCUUCCUGACAAUUUCAAAUGUCGCUUCGUUGAACCUUAAACCUACCAUUGACAAUUUCUGGAAGAACAGGGUAACGGAAGAUCUGUCUAAGGCAAUAUCGAUGAUUUCAAUGUUAAUCCUUUUGCGAUCACAUCAACUCUCUCGAUUUCUGGUGAACCCCGUCUCAAGCCACUUAAAGAGUCGUCCAAUGAAUCGUCCACUACAUCUGACGCCUGAACAAAUUGAAGAAGAUGAGCGUAUAAAUUCUGCCGCCUACACCACACGAAUGACGGUGGUCAAACCCGAACCCACCUAUCGGAUAAAUCGGCUACCUGUAGAAUAUUAUGAUGAUAACUCGAUUGAGAAAUUUAGAGGUGGUGGUUAUCUGGGAGGUGUGAAGGAAAAGGGUGGACUAAAAGGAGAACUAGUUGCUGACAGCGGAAAUUUAGGUGGUGAUGGCAUAGGUAAUGAAGGCGAGAAACGUAGGAAUUUUGAAGGAGAUGGGAUAAGUAAUGAGGACGAUACAACGAAAAAUUAUUUAAUACCCAAAGACAUUUUAAACUUCCGUAAUAUAAAAUUCACCCAUGGUGACAAAAGUGAAAUUAGUAUAUUCGAUAUAAUCGAUUUAUAG